AUGAUGCAACCAGAGCACGAACGUCCCUCUCGAUUGAAAAAGCGCGGACAUGUCUCUACAGGCGUCGCCGAGGAUCUGCAGAGCGACGUGGUUCGUCCUAACGAUCAAUUUGUACUUCCAAUUCGCACUGCUGUCGCUUCGAACGGUGUCGACCCGGACCCUUCCUCGAGACCGAAUGCUCCCGCUCCGUCAACCCAAGGCUCCGACGUGAAUCCACUCCUACGCACUACAGACUAUCUGCAACAUCCAAUAUACCUGGGUAGCAGGUCAGUGUCUGUCGAUGCGGCUGCAAACGUCAAUUCAAGUGUUUUCUUGGGAUCUCACGCCACGGCCCCAGCACUUGAGCAUGCCAGUGUCGACCGACUCCACUGCCCUCCUGCACCCCGGAAACCAUCAGCACAAUACAAAAGCCGGUCAUCGCCUGUGGUUCCGGCUGGCAGUGUGAGUUCGGAUAAUGUAUUGGGAUCUUAUGCCACCGCUCCAGCACUUCAGGGCUCCAACGUCAACUCACCGCCCCGUCCUCCAGAGCUCCUGGAUCCAUCAGUUUUCUACCGUAGUGGGUCAGUGUCUGUCGAUGGGUCUGGGAACGUCAAUUCGAAUCUUCCGUUGAGAUCGUAUCCCGCCACUCCAGCAUUCCAAAGCUUCAACAUCAUUCCGCCCUUCCGCUUUCCGGGACCUCCUCAUCCACCAGGAGUUUUCCCUAGCGGGUCAGUCGUUACCGAGGCUGGAACACCAGUAGAUGCAGCAGAAACGGCGAACGAAGACGAAACGGAAGAUUCUGCUGGAGUGGAAGCAGUUAUCAAACUCGUCAAAAAGCUACCCCUCCUGGAACUGGUGUACCUCGCUGAAGUUGUUGAGGUUGAGGUGAAAGCUCGUGGCAUUCCUCAACUUGGCAGGGCAUCGUACCAUUCUAAUGAUCGCCUGCCGACCAAGUUCGAUAAAGCGCGUAGCGGGAGGAUGAUCGAAGAGGGCAGAAAACUGACUGAGCGCAUGGCGGCAGACGAUCAACGGUUUGCUGAGAUUGGGAAAAAGAGACGAAGAAUGGAAGAACAGACAGUUGAAGGAGUGAGAAUGCUGCGGGAAGGUCUGUUGAAAAUUCAAGCGAAUGUACCGACUGAGCAGGGUCACGCGGGAUUGUAG